AUGCCAUUUGCUGUGCCUCAUGUCCAGCGUCUCAACCGCACUGCGCUCUGCAACUGUAAUAUUGUCGAGACGCAAGAGAUGCUUUUUUCUGCCUUCUGUAAUUCCCGAGUGUCGGGCAGCACACCGAUGUGGCACCGACGGACCGAAGGAAGGCGCGUCUCGCCAAGUGCCCGAGUUGCCAAUUGCACACGCCUUGUUAAGCUCGUCUCGCCUUGUGCCGUCGCUCCUUUUACAGCCCACGCUCCGCAAUUUGCCAGAAACGGCACUUUGAAUUUGAGCCGUGUUGGGUGCGUGAGAGCGACAGACCCUGCUGCGACUGUGACGGAUGGUACAGCAACUGCCGAGCCUGCCUUCGAGCCGUUGGACGACGACGACGACCUGCUCCACGUACCCAGCGUAUCGCACCCUCGUUCCCACUCACCACCGUCAUCUCCAAUCAGCCCGCCCUUGCACCCGCUCACGAGUGCUUCUGCUACCGCGUUCACUGGUAAGUACAGCCCUGAACCAGUCUCCGAUCCAGCUCUCAUCAACAACGCAAGCAAAUACGACACGGCCCGGACGCACGAGCCUUGUCCCUACCGUACACUAUGGAUAGCCGACUCGAACGAACCCACUUGA